AGCACUAAGUAAGUGCUGAGAAUUUCUUGAGGAAGGAAAAAAAAGCUUAAAAGACUCCGCCAUUCUAGCCUGCAGAGGUUUGGUUAUUGCAGCAACUUCAGUUCACACAAUUUUGGACCCUCCAAGCUUUAGUUUCAUUCAAAUCCAAAACUCGAGACACAACUAAGUGACUUUUGCUUGGCUCUUCUGCAUCACCUAUGGGUGAGAGGGGUUUCAUCCAACAGGGGGAGAGGGGACAAGUGGGUGGCACUGAACAGGAACUCAGCUACUAAGGAGACAACGGUCAUAUAAGAGAAAGACAGAAUCACUCCCUCUCUUUAUUGGAGGAAUAAGGAGAGGAGAGAAGGUCCUGGAGUGAACUGGACACAUUUGAUGCAUUUGUUUCUUUGAGGCAUUCUGAGGUUUAAGAGGUUUCACACUUGGGGUGCAGGGGUUUUAGCGCAUUGGUUGCACUUUGGACUUCUUUGUGUACUGAACUUCUCGAGAGGGGAUGAAGCAGGAAGAGGAGGAGGUGAUUGUGAGGAUAGAGGAAGAAGUUGGUAAUGCAGGAGGGCGAAGAGGUGCAGUGCCCACCCACACACACCACAGCAGAGGCGUGAGAUUUUCUGAGGUGUGGGAGUACUUCCACAUUGCCCCACCUCGGACUGGUCACCACCCCAGCCAAUAUGCUGCCUGCAGGCUGUGCGGCCGACAGGUCAGCCGUGGUCCAGGGCUUAACGUUGGGACCACCGCUCUGUGGAAACACCUGCGGAGCAUGCACAGAGAGGAGCUGGAGAAGAGUGGGCACAGGCAGGUCAACCAAUGCCCAGUGGCGCACUUGCCUGUGGUACAGCACCAGCCAGUUGCAGAGGGGGAAUGGGCUCAGCUCAUGGAGCAGAUGGGGGGGCUGGCUCUGCGUGCCAGCCAGCGGGAGAGGGAAGUGGAGAAGAGGGAGAAGGCUGUGGAACGCAGGGCAAGGGCUGUGGAGCGGCGUGAAAGGGCCGUGGAGCGACGCGAGAGGGCUGUGGAAGAGAAGGAGAGGUCUCUGACAGAGAGGAUGCUGAAGAUGAAGGCUGAGGAGGUUCAGGUGUGGUUGAAAGGCACAUGCGAGAGGGAGAGCGGCCUAGGCUCAGCUGCUGCUCUCCCCAUGCAUUUUGCAUAGGAAUACUUGGGCUUUAGGCCCAUGUUGUGAGACUAAGAUCAACACCCAGGCAGGUGACUGAAGCAAUAUUUUAAAUCCUGGUGUGAACUGUCUGGACUGUGUUCUAGGCCUCUGACUUGCAAAACAGAACCACCAAUCUCCCCAAUUCCCUUCAGCCUCUGACAGCCUCCUUCCGAAACAAAAGGCACAGAUCUUGUGUGUUCAAAGCUGGGUCCCAGUUUCUGACACUGGUGAACACAGAGCUCCACCAGGCACAAGCAGUCUCAACAAGACCCCAGCACAAGUAAUACUGCGGGGAGACUCAGCCAGUCAUGGCCCUAGCGGGCCAACAAUGUGGUCAGUCAAACCUUUGGUUAUGAGAUGAGUUUGAAACCAAACCGAAGUCUCAAAAGACAUCUGCCUAUGCAGAGAGGACACAGAGGAUCUGAUGACCCAGAAAGGAUUCCAGUAAAACUCCGUUAGUUUCCAUUACUAGGCUCAAAACUAACCUAGCCAAGUUUCGCACAAGUUUCAGGCUAUGCAAUAAAGUCCUCAUGCCACUUUUAUUGAUAUUGACUUGGACCACAAAAAUAUUUCUUCAUCUUGUUUUCUUAGGCAAGCCUGUCAAAGAAUGCAAUUGUAACAGAGGUUAAGAGAAUCCCAUUGGAUGGAUUGCGCAAAUAAAGGGGACAGUAAGUACUGAAAAUAGGAAUUUGUGAAAAGACUCUCCAAACACAUGCAGGUACCAUUCAGAUGUACACGCAAGACUGUUUGGCUAGUCUCAUACAGGGAUUUCAGCUUUGUCUACAUGGGAAAGUUAAAUUCAUUCAGCUAAAUUGAUAUGGCUUCCUUAAACCAAAAUAAGCAUCUUCCCAACAGGGCUGCAGAUUUCACUACACCAGUACAAUUCUCGUGCAGACAAGGCCUUUGGCCCAGGGUAGUCAAUAGGCGGACCGUGGGCCAAAUCCCAUCCACCACAUGCUUUUCAGCGGACUGUGUAGGCUGAACCCCCGGCAGGGUUGGGUGGCCGGCCUGGGCUGCGGGGCACAGUGUUCCCCUGGGUGGUUGCUUGCGCAGCCUCAGCCCCACUGGUAGCAGCGCAGGGAUGGAGCUUGGGGGGGGGGGGGCUGAGUGGCAACAUUUAGGAAGGGAUGUCUGCACCCCCAUGGGCAGCCUAAUGUCUCUCCACUAUGCCUUGCCCCUCCAAUCAGGAAGCAAUGGAGUGUAAUGUGCUCAUUCUGCAGCCCAAACAGAGGGCAGCGCUGUCUGGGCCCUAAUCCAAAUUCUUCUCUGCUCUUCCUGGAGAUGGCGGGGUUGGCUGAGCCAUGGAGCUGCAACUUAUGGGCCUCGGGCCCUGCCUGGCAACCCAGCUGGUAAGUGCCUGAAGGGAUCCUGCAGCAUCCACUUGUGCCGGGGCACCAAGCACAGCGCGCACACACACACACACACACCCACCCACCCCCCGGAGCCCUCCACCCCAGCCUUAUCUCUUCCCCACCCUGUCCUUCAGGGCCAGUCCCCAGAGCCUUCUCCAGUCCCCCUCGCCCCCAACCAGCCUCUUUCCCUUCCCAGUCUGCCUCCAGUCACCAACUACUGCCACUUCCUGGCCUCCCAACCCCUCCCCAGGUCUGCUCUCUGGAGUUUCCUUGGUCCCUCCCACUUCCUGCCCCUCUGUUAUCCCAGCCUCCAAAGGGGCAUUUCACUGCUAGCUGGAUCAUAGUCCAAUAGCUUCACCUCCUGGCUUCAAGCUCAAAAUUCACACCUUGCUUUGCUGCCCAGAUCCCAGCCCAUACCCAUUCCUCUUCCACCUGCCCCCAUCUCUGCCACUUGGCUCAACUGGGGACACAGAGGAACGUUGGAAGGAGCAGGAGGAAGCAGCAAAACCAGGUGGCUCAGGCCAGCCCCAUGUAUCCUGUUUUCAGUUUAGGGAAAUAAAGAUCACUCUGCGCCCCGGGCAAGGAGCUGGUGGCAAUCAGGGGUGAGGGGAGGGGACCUGGGUACGGGUCUGGACCUCGACUAUAUGUUAACCAAGAAAUUUGGACCGUGACAAAAAAUAAUCGAUUACCCUGCCCUAGGUGCUGUCCACAUGGGAACAAAACCACAGCAGCAACACAUCUGAAGCAGAGUCCUGCCAGAACCUUACAUGAUCACACUGUAGCUAGCUACAGCUGGUUUUCAGUACUGUUCUCACCAGCAUGCAGAGGUACUUGCUUUGCUGGGUAUCCUGCUAGCAGACACCCAAGUUGCAGACCGAGUCCCCUAUCAAGUUUCCAUCAUAGUUUAUUCACAUAUAAUUAUACAUUGCAUUGAGUGU